AUGAUGACCGAGACACAGCGCCACAAUGGAAUCCGAAGCCACAGAGUGCCUGACCCCACUUGGCAACCACGCCUUUCCUUGUUUGUUUUGUUGCCUCUCUCAGCUGGAGCCUGGGGCAUGAUCGUUGCCUGCCUUCCUGCCCACAUUGAUCAUCAGUCGCGACUACGGCGUAAUCGCGCCUUCCGGUCCAUCUCCCCCACCGUACCGUCCCGUCUACCCGCGCUACCUAAGUCACCCGCCAUCAAACGCCAACGCCACCCUUUGAUUUCUGCUCCUUAUCCUCAGACAUUCUUUCCAUCCUUGGUCUUCUUCCCUCAAUAUCUCCCUUCAACCGCCACGAUUCCCCCCACCACGAGGAAGCGAAAGGCUGCUGAGGCGACGAUUACCUCUGCCAACAGAGACGAAGUACCCAGCAAGAGAGUCAUCGCCUCAGCUGCCCUCUCAGACAAACACGCGCUGCCUCCAACUCCAAUAACCACCGUUAGCAACCCCAUGGAUUCCGACGAAGAAUACAUGUCGGCUCUCUCGACCGACGACGAGAUAAUGCAAGACGACAGCGGCGACGAGAUUUCAGCAGGAGAUGGUACGAUUUUUGAUACUCCAGACAGUCCCUCAUAUCCCAUCAUGACAGUUACUAAUCACCGUGACAUCACAGACUUUGACGAUGAAGAGUUCGACGAGCCUGAUCCCGAUUUUGGCCUUGCCAAAGAUGUCGAAAAGAAGAAGAGAGCCGCCCACGUGGUGUCAUACAAAGUUUACGAACCGAGCGAUAUCCAGAGCCAACAGGAUGAAAUGAUUGGCGAAGUCAACAUGAUUCUAGACAUGCAGAAGGAGGAUGCUGCCAUUCUGCUCCGCCAUUUCCGAUGGAAUAAGGAACGUUUGCUAGAAGAUUACAUGGACAGACCAGAAAAGGUUAUGGAAGCUGCUGGAUUGAGCAGCACCACGUCCAGCUCACCAAAGCUGGAAGUCAUCCCUGGCUUCGUAUGUGACAUAUGCUGUGAGGAUGAUGAUGGCCUCGAGUCAUUUGCCAUGAAGUGUGGCCAUCGCUACUGCGUCGACUGCUAUCGUCACUACUUAACACAGAAGAUCCGCGAGGAAGGUGAGGCUGCUAGGAUCCAGUGUCCCUCUGAUGGAUGUGGCCGCAUUCUCGACUCGGCCUCGCUCGAUGUUCUCGUUACUCCAGCGCUGGCGGGCCGAUAUCAAGAGCUUCUCAACAGAACCUAUGUCGAAGACAAGGACAACUUUAAGUGGUGUCCUGCCCCAGACUGCCCCAACGCCCUAGAAUGUGGCGUAAAGAAGAAGGAUUUGGGUAGGAUUGUUCCUACUGUCGAAUGUCGAUGCGGUUUCAGAUUCUGCUUUGGCUGCCCGAACCCAGAUCACCAACCGGCCCCUUGUGAUUUGGUCAAGAAAUGGUUGAAAAAGUGUGCCGAUGACUCGGAAACCGCCAACUGGAUCUCAGCAAACACCAAGGAAUGCCCAAAGUGCAAUUCGACCAUCGAAAAAAACGGAGGCUGCAACCACAUGACAUGCCGAAAGUGCAAAUACGAAUUCUGCUGGAUGUGUAUGGGACUCUGGUCCGAGCAUGGAACCAGCUGGUACAACUGUAACAGAUAUGAGGAGAAAAGCGGUUCCGAGGCUCGCGAUGCUCAGGCAAAAUCUCGAACGUCCCUUGAGCGCUAUCUACAUUACUACAAUCGCUACGCCAACCACGAACAAUCAGCCAAACUUGACAAGGAUAUUGCCCAGAAAACCGAAAAGAAGAUGGUCCAGCUUCAGAGUGCUUCAGGAAUGUCCUGGAUUGAGGUCCAGUACCUCAACUCUGCAUCCCAAGCUCUUCAAACCUGCCGGCAAACUCUUAAAUGGACAUAUGCCUUUGCAUUUUAUCUUGCUCGAAACAACCUGACAGAGAUUUUCGAGGAUAACCAAAAGGAUCUUGAGAUGGCUGUGGAGAACUUGUCUGAAAUGUUUGAGAAGCCCAUUACAGAAUUAUCUGACCCCAAACUCAAAGUUGACAUUAUGGAUAAAACGUCAUACUGCAACAAGCGUCGUGUUAUCCUCCUUGAGGAUACGGCCGAGAACCUGGCAAAUGGUGAAUGGAACUUUAACGCAGAUCUUUUGGCCGCCACUACCUCUGCGCCUGUUCAUCGUCGCUGA